AUGAUUUUCCUCCUAACAUCUGGGAUCCUCACAACACUCAUACUAACCUUGAGUUGGUUCUUUAUUCGGCGCCAAGGCCGCUCCGAUAGAGCUCCAGCCCAGUCUGCAUCGACCAUACUCGAGACGAAAGAGUCGGCCGAAAAGAUAACUUAUUGGCGUAUCUCUGGUAUCCCAGAAGACUGCGACAAGGACAAGCUCAUAGACUUCCUUCGGAAGCACGAUAAUUCACUCAAGAUCGAUCUCUCAGACCUUUCACUGUUUCCUGGGUGCUAUAGCCAAAAGCAAGUAGGCGUGUUGAGGACCAAAGGGAUCCCGGAAUCCUUUCAGCGAAUCAAACCCGAAGGCGACUACGUCUCGAUAUCUGGGCUUUCCACUGGUGGAGUUACCAUCGACCGAAACUUCUACAAUCUCACGCCUCUGAAUAGACCAGAGGGCGGAAAUUCUAUAGUUGAUGUUGUUGCGGUAACUGGUCUUGCAGGGCACGCAUUCGGGUCAUGGAGGAAUAGAGAGAGCGGCAAAAUGUGGCUUCAAGAUUUUCUUCCCAACGAUAUUAAAAAUAUCCGGGUUUUAACCUAUGGCUACAACUCCAAUCUUAUUGGGAACACGGUAGAUGACACACUCCAAGAUCAAAGAUCAAACUUAUUCAUACAAUUGUUGAAUGUGAGGAAUACGGCAGAGGUAGCAAUCCUAACUAUGAUCAUACCAUGA